CUAUAUAGAUCUUCUUCAACCUAUCUUCUUCAACCUAAUUUCAGUUUUCUGGCGGAAAAACUUUGAUACAAUCAGCAAGUUUGCUUGGGAAACACGUCUCCCUUUUUCUGAAACGGUAAGUCGUGAUUUUUUGGCGUUUCCGUGGUUCGCAGGUGUUGAAUAAUGGAAAACGGAAGUAAAAAAGUGAACAAGGGCAAAAGAAAGAUUCCAAUGGAACCGAUCAUAAGCAAGACGAAGAAGCAAGUUACGUUUUCGAAACGGCGUGUGGGUGUGUUCAAGAAGGCUAGCGAACUUUGUUCCAUGUGUGGUGUUGAAGCUGCUAUCAUUACUUUCUCUAAUGGUGGAAAGUUGUAUUCUUUUGGUCACCCUAGUGCUGACGCAGUCAUCCGUCGUUACAUUGAUACAACAACUACUAACGAUGUCGGAGUUUUGAAUGAUGAGGUACUCAACUCUCAGAUUGUCGGCGGCCAGUACAAGGAUGUACUUGCACAGAUUGAUGUUGAGAAAACAGAGACAAAGGUCAAAACAGAGACAAAAUUCAUGGCGAAGAGUCAAAAUUGGUGGGACCAGUCAAUUGAUGAUUUAGGGUUAAGUGAUCUUGAGAGGUAUAAGGCUGCAUUAGAAGGUUUAAGGAAUAAAGUAUCUUCGAAAGUCGACCAGAUUAUUCAUGAUUCUUCAAUGAUUAGUAAGAGUAGCGUCGCUCAAGAUUUCGAUUUCGAUUUCGAUUUCGAUUUUGAUUUUGAUUUUGAUUUUGAUUUUGAUUUCGAUUUCGGUUCGGCGGCUGAUCGGAGUGUUGUCGGUCAAGGUUUUGAUUGUUCUGGCGAUGUGAAUAGAGAAGAUGGAUUAACCGGUGACGAUCUCCUAGACUUGCUACUCAGUAACUAACUGUUAAGCGCGCAAUUCAAUCAUGGUAUUAGGUUAUCUAGUUUAAUUGUCUUAAUUACGAAUAUAUUUUUUAGUUAUCUAGUUUAAUUGUCUUAAUUAGGAUUAUUGAUGUAAUAGAUUUAAUUUCUAUGUGCAAGUAAGCACAAAAUUAAUGUAAUUGCAGUUUUGCAGAUUUAAUGGUAAUUGUAGUAAACAACCUCUUUUUGGCAAUAGAUCAUUAUUAUUGGAUACUUUUAUGGUUAAAACGUACCUUUUUCAUUGGUAAGACAAUUAACAUGGAGUAAAACACCAUUAAUCAAGGGCACUGUUGUACUGUCUGUCAGUCUGUCUGACAAUCCCAACUUAUUAUCUGUGCAUGAUGCAAAUUCCUGGGGUAACGACGAAAUGCACUCAACUAUUGCAAUGCUAAAGAUUGCAGCAUUCCUAAAUUUAUUCAUAAUUACAAACUGCCCUAAAUAAUAAACAAAUUAUUAUUACGGAGUAUCUAUUUUCUACAAGUAAAUACUGUAUAUAAUAAUAACAAAGCUCUUUAAAUGAAGCAUCCUUCUACAAGAAAUUAGUUUGGAGAUCUAGCAUUUCAGGGUCCAUCAUUUUUGCUUCCUUUUCUGGGUCAGUGGAAAAUGGAACUUCUAGCUCAGGAGUCAGGAGCUUUCUGGAAAAUAUUCACCCAGCAUUUUAGUUGUACAGUUGCCAUAUUAAGAAAUCAACAUUUAUGUUCGUAAAUCAUCAAUAUUAAGAAAUCAACAUUUAUGUUCGUAAAUCAUCAAUAUUGUAAGAUCAAAAACACAGAAAACUAGUUUCAAUCAUCACAAAUUAUUACAUUUUCCAUCCGUAUUAGUUCCCGCAUUGUCCCAAACACACAUAAAUACCAACAUGAAAUGAUUUACAGAAAGAGCUUUUGUAUUUUGACCUUUUUUAUAAUCUCUCGGUCUCUAACUUAUUUCGGACAUCCUAAGAAAGUACUAGCUACUAGGCAUAAUGACUGUAUUCUUGCAUUCUGAAUUUUAAACAGAGAAAAUACCAUUCUUAAACAUAAGUUUUUAACCAGAGAGUAAGCAUGAAAUUAAGCGACAUCCACGGAAGAAUGGAUGUCGCUUAAUUUCAUUUGCACCUUCAUAUGCCCCCCUUCUGUUCUUGGCGUCUUUCUGCAACAACUCAUAAAUCAGCUGUUUCGUAGGGAGACUCACCUGCAACAAAACUCAUCCGUGUUAACAAAAACUACAACUCAAUUCGACUCUUCCUGGUUAGGAAAAAAACAUACACAAAGUUUCCGAUUUCUUAUAAGUAUCAGAAUAUAUGCAGAUUGUUGGUAUUAUAUAUGUCAUGUAAAGGAUUUCAGCUAAUAAUUUCAGUUUCUUCACCAGAAUUUCUGGUGUUCUUGAGGUUCAACCUCUUUCUAUAUUUCAGUGUUUGUGUUGUUCCAAGAAAACGGCAGCAUGCCUCAUGCUGUCUUAUAUACAAAGGCUACCAACUAAAACCUAGUGACAGCUGUACAAAAGGACAAGU